AUGCUUUUCAAUAUUCUCCCUCCCUCCCCCUUCUCUCUCUCUCUUUUUCAUAUCAUAAAACAUUCUUUAUUAAUUUUUCUUCUUUUUUCUUUUUCUUUUUUCUCAUUUCCUCAUCUUCUAGAGAUGGUUUAUUCCCUCUUUGAUUCCCUAUCUAUUUUUUUUUAUUUUAUUAACAUUGUUUUUCAUAUGCGUUUGUUCGUUCAGAAAUAUGUUUUCCAUAUGUUACAUUUUCUUUUAUCUUUUUUUUUUCAUUUAUUCUUAUUCACUAAUUUUCUUUUGUCAUCAGUCUUUCUUCGAAACUCAUUUGAAUUUUCUUUUCUUUUCCUUCGUAUUCUCUCGUUUCAUUUUUUUCUUUUAUCUUUCUUACUUUCUUUUUUGUUUCUUUCAGUAUUAAAAUAUUUCUUCUUCAUUCAUUUUUACUUUCUUUCUCAUCUUUUUUACUUUCUUUAUGUCUUUCUUCCUUUUCUAUUUUUUUUCUUUCCUCUUUUCGACUUCAUACUCUUUUAUCUUAAUUCAUUUUCUUUCUUUCAUUUUCUUUCUUUCUUUUUUAUAAUUCACUCAUGGACUUCUUUCAUUAUUUUCUUUGUUCCACCUUUAAUCUCAUUCUUAAUCACCCAUUUUCUUUCUUUCUUUCUUUCUUUCUUUCUUUCUUUCUUUCUUUCUUUCAUCAUUAUAAUCUUUCUUUUUUCUCUCUAUUUUCUUUCCUCUUCUCGCCAUUACAAUUAUUUUGAUUCAUUUCCUUCCUUUGACGCAUUUCCUUAUUUAUUUUAUUUCGUCAUUACACAAAUUUGUCUUCGGACGUUUUCUUUCUUUCGAUGUGCUGUGGGUAAAUUGAAAUUGCAUCUCUCCUCUCACUCCCUAUCUAUCUAUCUAUCUAUCUAUCUAUCUAUCUAUCUAUCUAUCUAUGUCCUUAUCUGCAGAUAUCUAUCUAUCUAUCUAUCUAUCUAUCUAUCUAUCUAUCUAUCUAUCUCAGAUAUUUAUAUCUAUCUAUCUAUCUAUCUGAGGAUAUUCAUAUCUAUCUAUUUAUCUGAGGAUAUUCAUAUCUAUCUAUCUAUCUAUCUAUCUAUCUAUCUAUCUACCUGUCUGUCUGUCUAUUUCUGUUCAUAUCUGUAUGUAACUUUAUUCAUAUCUGCGUGUUCAUAUCUAUCUAUCUAUCUAUUUUAG